CACGCUCCUGGACAGCGCCCGGAUGAGAGCGAGCUCAGGCUGCGUUGUUUGCCUCACACGGAGCGGAGUCGCAUCAGCACCGGGUCUCACACACGUGGAUAGAGAGGAACUCAUCUUCCUUCAACACGGGACCAACUCUUCCCACACCUCUCUUUAGCGGAGGAUAUCAAGGUCCAGUUCCGCUGACAAAGCCAGGAGCAGGUCGCUCCCUCAAAUGCCACAGCAACAGGGCAGCAGCAUGUCUGAAAAGAAAUCCAGUCAGAGGUUUCACAGUUUGAGCUCUGAGCAGGUGGAAGUUCUUCAUCAAGUUCUUUCUGAGGUGGUUCCAAUCCAUGGCCGUGGGAACUUUCCCACGCUGGAGCUGCGUCCCCGUGACAUCAUCAUAGCGGUGCGAGCGAAGCUUCAGAACCAGGGGAUCGUAGUUAGAGACGUCCGUCUGAACGGCUCCACGGCCAGCCAUGUCCUUGUCCGAGACAACGGAACGAGCUACAAGGACCUGGACGUCAUCUUCGGAGUGGAGCUGCCCAGUCAAGAGGAGUUCCAGGUGAUCAAAGAGUCAGUGCUGGGCUGCCUGCUCGAGUGUCUCCCCGUGGGAGUCAACAGAGAGCGCAUCAGCAGCGCCACAAUGAAGGAGGCCUAUGUCCAGAAAAUGGUCAAAGUCUUCAACGAACAUGACCGCUGGAGCCUCAUCUCCCUGUUAAACAACAGUGGCAAGAACCUGGAGCUCAAGUUUGUGAGCACACUCAGGCGGCAGUUUGAGUUCAGCGUGGACUCCUUCCAGAUCAUUCUGGAUCCUCUCCUGGAGUCCUACAUGCAGCAAGACUCACAGCACAAAAUGAACCUCAAGGACCAGCCCAAGGAUGGUCAGAAAAAAGACUCCUCUUUUGCGCUUAGUCACACGACUCCUCGGGAAACAGAGAAGUCCCCCAGCAGAGACUUAUCGAAGGAAGAAAAGGUUCAGGUCAGCCGGACACAACAGAGGGAUGAAGUUCACGAAAAGGAGUCUCAGACAGAGUUUUCACAAGAAGCUGAAGAUUCAAGCCAGACAAAACUCACAACAGAGAAAAAUGAAGCACCAUCUGUAGGGAUGGAAGAAGUCUCUGAGAAGAAAGAAAAGCUAAACGAGACCAAUCAGACAUCUCCGCACCUUUCAUCAGAAAAGAAACAAGCCUCUGGGGAAGCUGAAGCCCCAGCUCUGGCUGAACUCAGACACGAGCCGGAUCUCUUAGAUGAGACUGAACCCUCAAUAAAGGUAGACCAGUCAGACCAAUUAAAGCUCUGUGACAGCCAACAACCAGCACAUUUAAAUGAUAAGGAACUCUCUGUCCAAGGAGAACUGACAAGCCACGCAAAUGUGCCUGGCGAACAGAGAGAACUCACAGGGCAGAUGGGACAUUCUGAUACGCUCAACGCCCCCAAAAAAGCCCAGGCAGAGUGUCUAAUCCUAGCAGAGGAGCAACCUGAUAAAACAAACUUAUCUGAGAGUUUGAGAGAGGAUCAGAGAAGCAAUGAGGCAGAUAAAACUCCACUUGUGUCUCCUCCAGACUCUAGCACAUCUUCAUCUACAAAGACAGAGACACAGUUAGAGGAUGAAAGAGAAGCAGAAACAGAGAACAGUGAGGAUGUCGAAGCAAAGAGGGAAAAUGUCCCCGAACUGAGUGAAAUCACAGAACAGAUUUCAGCCUUGGAGGAAAAACAUGUAGAAGACACACAGAGUAUUGAUUGUUCCUGCUCCACCUCUUCCACACUUACACUUGGCAACACACAAUCUGCUGACAAAGAGGAUACACAGGAGAGCCACAGCACACAACACUCAGAUAACUCAGAGAAAAGCGCUAACUCACUUGAUGCCAUCAGCCCUACAGAUACUCAGGAUAUUUUACCUGCACCACCUAGCCUUAUUUGUGAUAAAAAGACCUCUUCCCCUCCCUCUGGUAAGGUCUCAGAAAGACUGUCUCACAUGGUGGUGCUCAAACACUCGUCUCCCAAACCCCCUCGUAGAAUGUGCCGAAAGGUUGCACCCAAUUCCAACCCUUACCCAUUAUCAGAAAGCGAACUACUUCCUCCACCGUGUGUAGAUUUUAACCCUAUCCCCGAGCCUGAAUCCGAUACCGCCUUUGACCCAAACCCGGCACAUCCCAGUUCAGACCCAACAACUAUCCCAGCAACUAUUAUAACUGAUAGGACAAUUCCUUCGCUGGAUCCUAAUCCUUCCAUUAAACUAUCUUCCAACCCCGACGCUACGUCCGCUCCUGAUCCAGCCCCUGACAUAAUCUCCACCCCAGCUAGGGAUCCCAUGUUGGCUUUACCCCUGGAGACAGCUUCGUCACAGAAAAUCAUGAAGGGCUCAUGCGAAACAACUCCAAAAGAGACGCUAAACACAGAUGUUUUUGAUGAGCCAAGCCAGUCCUCCACCAGAGACAUUUUCUCUGAACUCAAACAGUCAGAACCUCUCGGUGCAGAGACAACCCCAGUUUCACAGCCUGAUACGAAUAGCUCCAACAGGGAAGAACCUGUAAACACCACUGAUGGUGAUACUGUAACAGAAGAGCAGAUCAAAAACAUUAACCUUAAUCACCCAAACAUCAGUCCACGAGAUAAUGCACCAAGUUCCCCCACCUCUUCCCUCUGUGUCACCCCUCCUGUGUUAAAUCUCUCCCCUCCGUGCCUCACCCCCUCACCCCCCAGCCCUAGCCCUCCUCCAUGUCUAACACCGCCUUCUCCAAUGCUAAGCCCCAUGAGUCCAGCUACCAGCUUUAGUUCUCCCCCUCUGAGUUUCAGCCCGACCUCAUCCUCUCUGAGCUCACCUCCUUACCUCACCCCUAUGCUCAACCUUAGCCCUCCUCCAGUCUGUAUCACUCCACCUUCCCCCUGCCUCAGCCCUCCCCUGCUCUGCCUUACUCCACCUGUGGAGUUGGAGGACCGUGCACCGCAGCUAACUGCAGACAUGGAGUCUUUGAUACUCAGUGCUGAGGAUAAUGAACAGGUUCAACAGCCCUCCCCUCAUGCAGGAGUCCCUCAGUUGGACCUGGAAGAUAAAAAGGAACACGAGUAUAUCUCAUCAUUGCCUCAGGUUGACAAGCCUGUCUCUUUUCCAAUCACAAUUCCAAGCUCCACCUCCCAUGUGUUGCCUCACUGCCCAUCUGGAGACUUAGGGGAAACUGACCCUCCGAAAGCCACUGAGCCAUCCAACUCUGUGCCUGAGAAAAAAGAGCCCCCUAAGGUAACCACAUACAUGUCUGGGGAGUGCAACACUCCCCAACCACUAGACUCAGUCCCUGCUGUUGAGGUCCUGGCAGAGAGCAUGUAUGGUGACUUUGAGGCGGCGAUGGACCACCUUCGUUAUCGUCUGAUCGCUACUAGAAAUCCUGAGGAGAUCCGAGGUGGGGGCUUGUUGAAGUACAGCAACCUGUUGGUUAGGGACUACCGGCCGGCCAGCGAGACUCAGAUAAAGACACUUGAGCGCUACAUGUGCUCACGCUUUUUCAUCGAUUUCCCUGACGUUCAGGAGCAGCAGAGGAAGAUCCUGUCGUACUUGAAGAACCACUUCAUUGGCGAGGAGAGGAGCAAGUACCAGUACCUGAUGACGCUGCGUCGCGUGAUAGAUGACAGCACAGUGUGUCUGAUGGGACAUGAGCGCCGUCAAACACUCAACAUGAUCACUGUGUUGGCACUGAAGGUUCUUGGAGAGCAGAACAUCAUUCCCAACACAGACCAUGUGACAUGCUUCUACCAGCCUGCCCCGUACCUCGCUGAGCACAGCGCCCCCUAUCUGGCAGAACCCAGCUACUGCAGCUACUACUUACCCCAAGGAGGAUCAACUCUGUUAUACCAACCUUACCCUUUACACCUGCACCCACAGACUGGACUAGUCUGACACCCCCAUGCGCAUGCACGUACACAAAACACACGAUUGAGCAAGAAGAUUGUUCUUACCACGAGGGAAGAGCUGGAGAAUGGAAACUAUAAUGCAGGGAUUAACUGUUUGGUCUAUAAUAGACCUGUAGGGGAGGGAUUGAGUGGGUUUUUACAUAAAACCCCCGGAGUCUAUAAGGUUCUAAUACGAUUAUAUAUAAUUAUCUGGGCUUUGUGGGAAAAUAAUAAUUCUUCCAAUAUUGUUCAAAUUCCAGAAAAAUGCUGUAUGCACUUCAUGAGUCAUAGCUCUUUGGUCUCCCUGGGAAACCAGUUGUGCUGUUGACAUUCACACACACACACACACACACACACACACACACACACACACACACACACACACACACACACACACACACACACACACAUGAAAAUGAACUUCCAGGUUCUUAAAUUCUUGUAUACUCUUUCCAUGUUCUUACUGUGUUGUUCUUAUUGGGUUUGUUCAGAAUGUGGACCUUGCCUGUGGUUGAUGUUGUGCAUGGAUACGUUAGGACUGUUUUCUCACUGCCAAAUACUGUGUGAAUACUAUGCUUCUCAAGCAGUUUCAUGUAACUUUGUUAUUCCUCUUGAAAGUGGUUGUAUUCUGAAAAAAUACAGGGAGGGACGAGUCUAUCUGCGUGUGCAGUAUUUUUCAAAAACACACACAGACACACACACACACACAACUAAACAUGGAAUACUUCAUGCACACAAAGUUAGACAAUGCAUGAGUGACUAAAUAGAUCUCAUUUAAAGUCAAAGCAAAUGCUUUUAAUUUAUUAGAAAUGGAUCUAUUUUUGCACGAGUUUCCAGGAUUAAACUGUUGGGUUAGUUCCUAAUGAAGAAUAUCAACAACAAUGCCUUUGGUGUAGACUGUACAGUAUAUUGGUUACAGUAUAUUGUGUGCAAAUGCAAUGCAUUGUUUUCAGGUAAAUUGUGUUCAAAUGUAGUGUUUGGUUCCUUUCCCUUGUGUAGUCAUUUCUGUAAUCAUGUGAAGUAUUGUAACAUCUGGUGUUACUUUCUUUGAUGCUAACGUUUACUCUGUGGAGGCGGUCAGGUUCCAAGCAUCUUUGGGUCAUCUCUAAACAAGGUAGAUGCAGAUAUGUCUAAACAGACAGACUUCAACUUAUAGGAUUCCUCUCUGAUUCGCGCCAGAACCAACUUGAAACAACUUCAGAUAAUCUGUUUAAAGUCGUGCAACAGCAACUAUGACCAAAGAUGGUUAAGUAGGGAAAUCAAGUGCCUAAAUGUGAGACAUCAUCGGCGUGUCUUUUUCUCACUGCACUGUGGGUGUUA